UCAUUUUCGCGGCGCAACUCGAGAUCGUAUCUCGGCGGCGCUAUAUAUAUAUAUCAAGUCAGGUUCUCGCCUCUCGCAGCUAUCGGGCCAGAUUGCGCUCGAGGUCGGAGUGUCGGUGGUGUCGAAUCGUCGAAACUGGCUGAACCGCGGGAUGCGCCGUCAGUGACAGCAGCCGCAGCCGUUUUUAACCUAUGCCGCCGAGCCAACCUGGUGCCGCCUUCGAGACUCCCCGGCACGCCGCCCCCUUUACGUAAUUUUCACAUGCGCCGGCCACGCCAUGCAGCGCAAAAGCAAGAAUCCCAAUUUGAAAUUCCAACUGGCACCGGAGCCCGUCGCCCAGCUCGAACCGCCGGCGAAUCUCGACACGCGCACCACCAUCACCAUCAACUCGGACAAAUUCGUCGUGGACGCCGAUGAGCUGGUGAAGAUCAGCGACCUGGGGCGCGGCGCGUACGGCAUCGUCGAGAAGAUGCGCCACAUUCCCAGCGGGACAAUCAUGGCGGUGAAGCGCAUCGCCGCCACCGUUAACACUCAGGAACAGAAACGUCUGCUGAUGGAUCUGGACAUCAAUAUGCGGAGCAGCGACUGCCCGUACACCGUGCAAUUCUAUGGCGCUCUAUUUCGCGAGGGCGACGUUUGGAUGUGCAUGGAGGUAAUGGAUACUAGCCUGGAUAAAUUUUAUCAGAAAGUGUACAAUCACGGACUGAGGAUACCAGAGGAUAUUUUGGGUAAAAUCACGCUUGCGGUCGUCUGCGCGCUGCAUUACCUCCACACCAAUCUGCAGGUGAUCCAUCGCGAUGUCAAACCGUCGAAUAUCUUGAUCAAUCGACGCGGUGAGGUCAAAAUGUGCGACUUUGGCAUCAGUGGAUAUCUUGUCGACUCUGUAGCGAAGACAAUCGACGCUGGCUGUAAACCAUACAUGGCGCCGGAGAGAAUUGAUCCGACUGGUGAUCCAUCAACGUACGAUAUCCGCUCGGAUGUCUGGAGUCUGGGCAUUUCGCUGAUUGAACUCGCCACUGGUCGCUUUCCGUACCCAAUGUGGGGCACACCAUUCGAGCAGCUGAAGCAGGUCGUCAAAGACGACCCGCCGCGUCUACCGCCAGGGCAAUUCACCGCCGAAUUCGAGUCGUUCAUCGCCGCCUGCCUGCAGAAGAGCGUCGUCCAGCGCUGCAACUACGAGCAACUGCUGGAGCAUCCAUUCUGCGCGCUGCACCGCGAACGCACCGCCGACGUGAUCGGUUUCGUCGCCACCGUGCUCGAUCUGCCCGACGCGGCGCCCCGCCGUCCUCCUGAGAUUCGUGCGCGCUGUCCUAGCGGCGCUCCACAAACGAAACACCAAUCCUCCUCCCCAAUCAUCCACCACCGGAUUAUAUUAAUGCGGUUUUAUCGUAGUCACUAACGCCAUAGGCCUAGGCCGUCGAGUGUCCUUCUUAGCAUAGAGUUUGCCGAUAUUUUAGCGACAUAUAUACACAAUGUUUUAAUUUACGUUUUAAGUUUCCUACGUUUGUCAUCGAAUUGAUACAUAUUUAUUUUCUCUUAGAUGUUCACGAAGUGCGCUUUUAAUUCCCUUCUUCUCGCAAGCAAUCAAACUUGUACUAACGGCGAUUAAUCAUUCAAUAAUUCUUAUUAAUCACAUACUGUACUCGUACUUCCACGCGGCUAUUCUAUCGUUUUACUUUUAAGUCUGUUCAGAAGCAAUGUUCACCACAGUUAAUAAUCAUUUUGUAGAAACGCGCAGGGUAAUGCACUCUCAUUGUUAUAUGCUAGGUGAAAAAAAGCGAUUGUAAAUAAUUCUCACUAGCGAUGAAAAAUGUUAUUGUAGUUUAAUAACGUGUGUGAUACGAAGAAACAGAAACAAAUAUUAAAAUGAAAACACAGAAAUAAACUUAUGCCAUUAAUAA